ACAUGCCCCGCUAGCCCGCUUAAAAGGCUGUGCCGAGGGCUGGCCAGUGAAGCUCGGCCCCAGGGAAAGUGAAAGUUUGCCUGGGUCCUCUCGGCGCCGCCGCCGCGCUCUCUGCAUCCCGGGACAGCGGCGCGGCCCUGGGCCGGGGCGCCGACUCUGCGGCGGCCAGCGAGCGAGCGAGCGAGGGCGGCCGACGCGCCCGGCCGGGACCCAGCUGCCCGUAUGACCGCGCCGGGCGCCGCCGGGCGCUGCCCUCCCACGACAUGGCUGGGCCUCCUGCUGUUGUUGGUCUGUCUCCUGGUGAGCGGGAAUAUUACCGAAGGGGUGUCAGAGCACUGUAGCCACAUGAUUGGAGACGGACACCUGCAGUCUCUGCAGCAGCUGAUUGAUAGUCAGAUGGAGACCUCGUGCCAAAUUGCCUUUGAGUUUGUAGACCAGGAGCAGUUGAAAGAUCCCGUGUGCUACCUUAAGAAGGCCUUUCUCUUGGUGGAAGACAUAAUGGAGGACACCAUGCGCUUCAAAGACAACACCUCCGGUGCCAAAGCCGUUGUGCGGCUGCAGGAACUCUCUUUGAGGCUGCAGAGCUGCUUCACCAAGGAUUAUGAAGAGCAUGACAAGGCCUGUGUCCGAACUUUCUAUGAGACACCUCUCCAGUUGCUGGAGAAGAUCAAGAAUGUUUUUAAUGAAACAAAGAAUCUCCUUAAAAAGGACUGGAAUAUUUUCAGCAAGAACUGCAGCAACAACUUUGCUAAAUGCUCCGACCAAGAUGUGGUGACCAAGCCUGAUUGCAACUGCCUGUACCCCAAAGCCACCCCUAGCAGUGACCUGGCCUCUGUCUCCCCCCACCAGCCCCUCGCCCCCUCCAUGGCCCCUAUGGCUGGCUUGACCUGGGCUGACUCUGAGGGGACAGAGGGCAGCUCCCUCUCGCCCAAUGAGCAGCCCGUUCGCACAGUGGACCCAGGCAGUGCCAAGCAGAGACCACCCAGGAGCACCUGCCAGAGCCUUGAGUCGCCAGAGACCCCAGGUGUCCAGGACAGCAACACUGGUGGUUCACCACGGCCUGGGCCCUCUGCUGGGGGCCCCACCCCUGGGAUGGAGGACGUUCUGGACUCUGUGUUGGGCACUAACUGGGCCCUAGAAGAGGCCUCUGGAGAGGAUAGUGAGGGUCUUGUACCCCAAGGGCCAGCACUUUCCCCCUCCAGGCCAGAAGGGGGCAGCGUUCAGGCAGAGACCGCCAGACCCCGCGACCUCCUCUCAGCGCCUUCUCCACUCCCUGCAUCCGCAAAGGACCCACAGCCAGCAGAUGUAACUGGCCCUGUGCGGCACAAUGGCCAGGCCUGGAACCCCACCCCUGAGAAGACAGAUGGCUCGUCUGCCCUGCCCGGAGACCCCCAGGAGCCGAGCUCUCCCAGGACCUCAGCGCUGCACCCCCAAGGCCUCAGCGGCCCCCCCACGCUCCCCACUCAGCCAAGGCUUCCCGGAACCCGCUCCUGGAACAGCGUGCUGGCCCGCGGGGGCCUGGAGGGCAGGAGGAGCACCAGGGACCGGAGGAGCCCCACAGAGCUGGAAGGAGCAGGAGCAAGUGAGGGGGCGGCCCAGCCCCCUGCCCAUUUUAACUCCGUUCCUUUGACUGACACAGGCCAUGAGAGGCAGCCCGUGGGAUCCCCCAGUCCCCAGCUCCGCGGGUUUGCCUUCCGCCUGCUGGUGCCCGGCAUCAUCCUGGUCUUGCUGGCUGUUGGCGGCCUCCUGUUCUACAGGCGGAGGCGGCGGAGCCAUCAAGAGCCUCAGACGGUGGAUUCUCCCAUGGAGCAGCCAGAGGGCAGUCCCCUCACCCAGGAUGAGGACAGACAGGCGGAACUACCAGUGUAGAGGGAAUUCUAAGCUGGGCACACAGGACAGUCUCUCCACGAGAGGAGACAUUAUGGGGGCGUCCGCCACCACCCCUCCCCAGACAUCCUCCUGGAAUGUGGUCUGCCCGCCACCAGAGCUCCUGCCUGCCAGGACUGGACCCGAGCAGCCAGGCGGGUCCCUCCGCCUCCACCCUCAGACCCUUGACUGACUGAAAGAGGGCCAGAGGAUGGCCCCCACGCUGCCACUAUUUAUUGUGGGCCCUGGAGGCCCCCGUGCGCUUGAGGAAGGCUGGCAAGCCCGGCUCAGGACCCUCUCCCUUCAGGGGCUGCACCCUCCUCUCACUCCCUCCACACCAGCUCCUGGGCCAGGGACCCGCGGUCUGUAGCACGUGGGAGAGCAGGGUGGGCGCUGAGGAGUGGAAGAGCCCUGCAGCCAGAGGGCCCGCCUGGUGCCGCGGGAUCCCAGCACGGACAGGCAGGGACCUGUCUCCAGAGAGAGGAGCCUGGGGUUUGCAGGGCGGGACAGCGUCGGCCUGAUUUCCCGUAAAGGCGUGUGUGCAGCCCAAGCGAUGAGAAGAGGACGCCUUUGGGCCUCGAUCUGCAAUGACAGCUGGAAGGAGGUCUACACCCUCUGCUCACCUAAGUGCCCUCUGCCGGUUACCGGACCUGCCUGACCUGCCCGUGAUGCCAAGAGGAGGACCAAGCUCUGGCCUCCGCCCCUCUUUCCCUCCAGCCCCUGCCAGAGCUCUCUGAGGGGCUGCCCUCUUGAAGGAAGCCAUUGCACUGUGAACACUGAACCUGCCUGCUGAACAGCCUGCCCCGUCCAUGCCGAGAAUGAACAUCCGUCCGUCUGCCUCCCUCCAGCCUCUCCCCAGCUUCUGGCACUGAGCUGGCCUCACCUGUCGACUGAGGGAACCCUCAGCCCUGCCCUUCUCCUGACCUGGCCUUCGACUCCCGGGGUGGAGCAGGGUGGGAAAACUGCCCAGGCUGCCAGCCAGAGCCGGUCUUUAGGCUGUGUUGUUCGCCCAGGUUUCUGCAUCUUGCACUUUGACAUUCCCAGGAGGGAAGUACUAGUCGGGGACACGGGAGGGGAGGGCAGAGGCAAGAGGCUGCAGGAUGAGCUCUGACUGAAAAUGGGUCUUUGAAAUAUGGGUAUGCCCCUGAGGUUGGGGAGAUGUCUGCACCCCAGACCCCCAGCCCAGUCUCCUUUCUCUGCUGCCAGCAGGCCCCUGGGGCUGAGCAGGUUGUCCCUGUCAGGAGCCUUGGGCUAGGCUGCACCCCAGCCCACCUGCGUGGCACCCAGCUCCCAUCCUCUUCUUGCCCUUCUUUCCCCGUGAGCCCGGUGGGCAGCGAUACACUCCACCUCAUCCCCGUGCCCCACUACCACCUCCUCCGACCAGGCAAGCCGGGGUGGGAGAGCCGCCAAGAGGUCCAGGCUUCGGCUUCCAACUGCGCUGAGGGCCUCCACUUCCUGGGCCAGCCCUUGGCCUGGGUAAUGGGUGACAGGGCUGUCAGUUGCCCCUUGUCCCUUUGUGCUGCUGUGUGCCUGCUCUCCUGCCUCCCGGGCCUUCCCGUGACCUUUUCACCUCCUGCCCAAGAAGGCGAGGGUCUGCUGGCGCCACCUUCCCUGUCCUGACGCUGGCAGCUGAGGGAAGGGCGGUGGAGACUUUCCUGUGGGGCUCAUCCUUCCAGUCACAGACUAUAUUCGAUGCUAGAAAACACAUAUUUGAAAAUGGAAGAAAAAAACACAAAAAAGGCAUUCCUCCCCAACCCCUCUACCUUAAGCAUAGUAUUUUAAAGGUCAAAAAAGCAAAGCCAACCCAUUGCAGAAGCUCUCUGUGGGCACUUGGUGACGUCAGAGCAGGGGAGCCCGAUGUCUCCCUAGGUACCUGCACAGGAAGCUCCUCUGUUCGCUGAGACGGCCGAGAGGGAACAUUGGCUCACGUACUGUGAGAUUUCGUUUUUAUACUUGGAAGUGGUGAAUUAUUUUAUAUAAAGUCAUUUAAAUAUCUAUUUAAAAAAUAGGAAGCUGCUUAUAUAUUUAAUAAUAAAAGAAGUGCACA